GUUAAUCUUCUUUUCUCUACAACCAAUAUGCACAGAUGUGUGACCAGUAGUUCCCGGGGACAGUACUGGCCUAUUUAGUUUUUUAAAACAAACUCUUGGCGUCCUUUUUGUUCAGACGCAGCGGCUCAAACCAUCAGCUCCUCCGCAGGGGGCCAACACGCAGUGUGGGCACUCCGACGCACUUCUCACCAAGAGAAGAUGAAUAUCCAAGUCGUGCCAGAACACAAGCUCUCUUCAGUGGCUCCGCUUAAGCAAUGCAACGUGGAGAAGAAGGAGGUAGAACUGAUACUCGUCAAGGACCAGAAUGGCGUGCAGUACACCAGCUCGUCCAUCAUGCCCGCCACUGGACGCCGGGCAGGUCCACCCGGUUCCUCCGAAGAUGACCGAGAAACAUGGGGCAAGAAAAUAGACUUUCUCCUGUCAGUGAUUGGUUUUGCAGUAGACUUGGCCAAUGUUUGGAGAUUUCCUUACUUGUGCUACAAAAAUGGAGGAGGUGCCUUUUUGAUCCCUUAUGUCCUAUUUUUGUUCAUUGCGGGGAUGCCAUUGUUCUAUAUGGAACUUGCCCUGGGCCAGUUCAACAGGGAAGGAGCAGCCACAGUUUGGAAGAUCUGUCCUGUUUUCAAAGGUGUGGGAUACACAGUGAUCCUCAUAGCUCUGUAUGUGGGCUUCUACUACAAUGUCAUCAUCGCCUGGUCACUGCACUACCUGUUCUCCUCCAUGACAAGCGAACUGCCCUGGCUCAAGUGCGGUAACAGCUGGAACAGUCCCAACUGCACUGACCCCCAGGACAUCAGUAGCUCUGUCCUCGGCAACGGGACAUCCUACGCCAAGUACAAGCUCACCCCAGCAGCGGAGUACUAUGAACGGGGUGUGUUGCACCUCCAUGAGAGCAGAGGGAUCCAUGACCUGGGCAUGCCUCGAUGGGAUCUGUCCUUGUGUCUCAUUUCAGUACUUUUCAUUCUGUUCUUCAGUCUGUGGAAAGGCGUCAAGUCAUCAGGGAAGGUGGUAUACAUUACUGCCACUAUGCCCUAUGUGGUGCUGUUUGUGCUGCUGAUCCGUGGGGUCACUCUACCAGGCUCUAUGGAUGGAAUAAGAGCCUAUCUCCACAUUGACUUUAAAAGACUCAACAACUUAGAGGUAUGGAUAGAUGCUGCUACCCAGAUCUUCUACUCCUUAGGAGCAGGAUUUGGCGUGCUCAUUGCAUUUGCGAGUUACAACAAAUUUGACAAUAACUGCUACAGGGAUGCCCUUCUGACGCACAGCACUGUGAACUGUGUUACCAGUUUCUUCUCUGGGUUCGCUAUUUUCUCAGUACUGGGCUACAUGGCUCACAAACAUGGAGUGAAUAUAGAAGAUGUAGCUACUGAAGGGGCAGGUUUGGUAUUCAUCAUCUACCCAGAAGCAAUAUCCACACUGCCUGGCUCGACAUUUUGGGCCAUAGUCUUCUUCAUCAUGUUGCUGACUUUGGGCCUUGACAGUGCUAUGGGUGGCAUGGAGGCCGUCAUCACAGGUCUGACCGAUGACUUUAAGAUUCUCAAGAGGAAUAGGAAGGCAUUCACCUUUGCUACAGCAUUUGGGACCUUUCUUAUUGCUUUGUGCUGUAUAACAAAUGGUGGAAUCUAUGUGUUGACUCUGCUAGAUAAGUACGCAGCUGGGACAUCCAUACUGUUUGGUGUGCUGAUUGAGGCUAUCGGAGUGUCAUGGUUUUAUGGUGUGGACCGGUUCAGUGAUGAUAUUGAGCAAAUGAUGGGCUUUAAGCCAGGCCUAUACUGGAGACUAUGCUGGAAAUAUGUUAGCCCUGCUUUCCUGCUGUUUGUUGUGAUAGCCAGCACCGUUACAGCAACAAGCCUCAAGUAUGAUGAGUAUGUCUUCCCUCACUGGUCUAACGUCAUGGGCUGGGCCAUCGCCAUGUCCUCCAUGCUUUUUGUUCCUGUUUACGCCAUAUAUAAAUUCUGUAGUCUACAAGGAAGUUUCAAAGAGCGAAUAGCCUAUUGCAUCACACCAGAGCAAGAUUACCACAAAGUUGCAGAGGGGGACAUACGCCAGUUUAGACUGAAGCAUUGGUUAGCCAUUUAAAGGUCCAGGUAUAAAACAAGACUUAGGAUCCGCCCAUGCUGCCUGAGGUUGGAAAAGUACUAUAAUACUAAUUAUACUACAUCAUGUGUACUCAUUCUAGCUCUUACACAAAGCACACAAAUGGGGCAGCACAUAGAGAAAUGUUUUGAUUGUAUCUGCAGACAUGACUUUUUUUUGUACACAUUUUUUUAUUCAAGUAUUUUUAUUUUUUAUUAUUAUUAUAAUACAGGGUGAGAGUGCACAUAGUUAUAUUACAUAAUGUUUUGGAAGUUGUAUUAUUUAUUUAUUAUGCUACAGUGUAUUAUGAUGUUCUUGUUCUUGCCUGUAUUGGCAGAAUUUCUCAUCUGUGUUAGUGCCUUAUCAACCAAGACACUUCAUAUUUUACUGUACAAAAAGGAGAGACAGUUUAAAGUGUUGACUCAGGAACCCACUAAAUUCAGUGUGUAGACUGUUAUCUGUUGCUUUUCACAGGAGUGUAUGGCAGACAGUUGAAGAAAAAAAGUGCCAUGUUUACCUGGGUAUGUUUCUUGUUGGAACAAGACAAUGGUCACAUAAAGUUUUAGGAUAUUUUGUUUUUCAAGACAUUUUCCCCUGAAUGAUGCUGGUGUGAGAUGUAUUUCAUGAUACACUCCAGUAAUAUAACAUUUAAAAGCUCUUGUUCUAACAGAAACAUACUGUAUCAAGUUUAACUGGCAGCCAUCCUCUUGAGUUUGUUUUGACCCUGUCCAUGUCAUUCAAAUCUUAAAACAAGGGGUCAAGACCAGGGGAGGAGGAAAGGUUCUAGUCUGCCACAAUAUGUUAAAAGGGAAUUACAUCUACAAGCUUUAAAAUAACCAAGGAGGGCUUCUUUUCUGGAAAGUAAUCUAGAUUACAGUUAGACAUUAUUAGCUCUUUUGGCAAUUGCCAAUAAAUGACUGUUGCUACUGUUGUGAACUGAUUUUAGCCUUUACAUGUUUGUGUGGAAGAAUGUGUGUAUUCUGUCUAGUGUAUGGAGAGUAUUGUCAAAAUGUCAAAGUCAAAUCUGGUUCUUAUGUUAUUAACAUCCCAAGUCCUGGUAUGUGAGAGAAGGUAUUUCUCUUUUUUUUUUUUUUUUUUUUUACAAAAUGUAUUUAUUGUAAAAAGAUAAAUUUAAACCCCUAUUUGAAGGAAAUAAGCCACAGAGAAGUAAACUAAUAUAUGUGGACUAUAUAAGAAUCUAUAAAUAUAUUCUUUUGUUAUAUCUAAACAUACAGGCUAUUUAUCAAAUUGUUUAUAUCAAGACGUGAAUGUAAAGUAUUUUAGGCGUAGCUGUUUAUUGGUAUCACAUAGUGUUUGAUGUAUAAGAAGUAUAAGAUUCUCCUGUGUAACUCCUGGCUAUUUCAUCAAUUAAGAACUGUGACCAAUUACCACUUGGCUUUCCUGGACUAUGUUUACAGACAAUAUUGUGUACAAUACCCAUGUGACGUCCAGAGUG